AUGAAUAUAUUAGCGCAAAUAAUUCUGGAGCGGUCCAUGCAGCUCUUUGUUCCGACGAUGCAGCAUAACACCUCACCAAUAUUGACUCAGCAAAACCUACGGCCACAACAACAUCGAAUAACAGAAGCGACAAUCAGCCGCAUUGUUGGCGUGGUUGUAAAAUGGAAGGAAAGGUUCAGUCGGCCUCCCUUGGAGACCGGAGGUCAUGAAGGUAGUGUCGCCUUGGUAGUAUAUCUUCCCUUAAACAGUUUCCAUACCUCUUGCUUUUUUAAAGCCGGCGCUCCUUCAGGUUUAACCCUCCAAAAUCACUCACAGUAUUGGCAUAUUGAUGAAGCAUGCUCAGACCAGCUUUGACCAUUUGCUUUACAAGGGCAAAUGGUAUCACAACAAAGGGUUGCUGGUUUUGAACUUCCUUCUCUUCCUUCCACUCAUUUCCACCUAUGUCAACGGGUUUGACGGAAGCCUGAUGAACGGGCUGCAAAGUGUGGCUUUGUGGGAAGAUUUUUUUCAUCAUCCUCACGGUAGCACUUUGGGACUAUUUAACGCCAUUCAAAACGUAUGUCCUUCAAAAAAAUCACAAAUCCUUGGUGACUUGACGACAACUUUCUGUAUUCAGAUCGGUUCUAUUUGGGGAAUCCCUUUCGCGCCGUACGUUGCAGAUACUUUUGGAAGAAAAACUGCUAUGUUAUUUGGCGCACUUAUUGUCGUUGGCGGCGCUGGAUUGCAGACAGCUUCGCAGAAUGCGGGCAUGUUCAUCGGUGCCCGUGCCAUGAUUGGGUUCGGGACAUGUUUCGUGCAGCUGGCUGCACCUCUUCUCAUUACUGAGCUGGCUUAUCCAUCACAUCGACCUGCACUUUCUGCCCUUUUCAAUACUAUGUGGUUCAGUGGCUCUAUCGUUGCGGCCUGGGGGACCUUUGGGUCCUUUCGAAUCGGAAGCAACUGGUCAUGGCGCAUUCCAUCCGCCCUUCAAGCCGUCUCUUCUGUUAUUCAGCUAUUUCUCUUAUGGUUUGUUCCGGAGUCCCCUCGUUACUUAAUCUGCCAAGGCCAGGACGAGAAGGCUCUCUACACCCUCAUUAAAUACCACGCUAAUGGAGAUCACCAUGAUCCCCUCGUUGAAUACGAGUACAACGAAAUCAAAAAGGCUAUCGCCAUUGACAAAGCGAAUGCUAAAGGCACCAGUUUCUUAGAUCUCUUCAGUAGUACAGGCAAUUUACGUCGCAUGAGAAUUAUCAUUGCCAUCGCCUUCUUCUCCCAGUGGUCUGGAAAUGGCCUCAUUUCAUACUAUUUCAACCUUAUCCUCAAUGACAUCGGCAUUACCACCCCCUUUGACCAAACUCUCAUGAGUGGCAUCUUGCAAAUCUUCAAUUUUGUCACUGCUAUUAUUGCUUCCUUCCUUACGGAGUGUGUUGGUCGCCGUGUCCUGUUCAUCAUCUCGACAGCUGGCAUGACGCUGUUCUACAUGUCGAUCACAAUUUGCAGUGCUGUCUAUCGUAACUCCGUCCCAUUUAACCAUGACGGGACUAUUGAUAUCGAUCCUGCAACGGGGAAACCUGUGAAGGGCAACGAGAAAGCUGCUUUCAUGUACAUCACAGUGGUAUUCCUCUUCAACUUCUUCUAUACCAUUGCAUUUACGCCGCUCUUGGUCUCAUACACCAUCGAAAUCCUGCCUUACAAGAUUCGUGCCAAAGGGCUUGCUGUAAUGAGGCUCGUUUCACCCGCUGGUUUGUGUAUCACGAUCUCUCUCGUGUUCAAUAAGUACGUCAACCCAAUCGCCUUCGACGCCCUCAACUGGAAAUACUACAUCAUUUACACCAUUUGGGAUGCUGUUGAGACAGUGUUCAUCUGGCUUUAUGCUGUCGAAACUAAGGGACGAUCGCUCGAGGAAACCGCUGUGCUCCUGGAGGACCUCAGUGUCACCGAUAUCGUCGCUCAGUGUGCUCAUAAACACGUCCAUUUCUCCAGCGGGAAGGAUGAGGGGGGCGGUUUCGACUUACGGGAUGCUGACGAAUUUUCCAUUUCGGAUGAGAGCAUUGGGCGCGCCUUCUGAGUGCAUCGAUCCACGGUACUCCUACUCAGCACUUCUUGGAUGCAUGUCAGGAAGUCGCUUGGAAUGAACUGAAUACUAAUCAGUGUCAAGCGACCUACAAUCCUUUGGCUCGAUCAACGGAGACUGAUUCAGAAUAACAGGCACCAUACCAGCGGUCCUUCUUAGAUUCCUAGACAUGUUCAGUUUGGACAUGGUAUUCGUGUCAGUUUCAUUUCCCCUGGUUAGGCGUCGCACUCAAGGGGCUGUUCUGCCGCACUGACUGUAAUGAAC